ACAUUAAUUAGUGGCUACUUUGAUCCUUUCAGCCUCUAAGCCUCAGUACGUCCUGGUACACCAUCAGUGACUCCCUUUAGGGACCGCGCAGGAGGAUGCACCCAGCCCUGUAGGACAUUUUAUUUUUGUAAAACUUCCCUCUGCAGGUGAUGCUUCUAUAAGAAGAAAGUUUCAAGAGUUUGCAAAAUGGCUGAUAAAGGCAGUGUGGAGAAAUAUCUGGAGAACAACCCGCAGUUUGCCAAAGAGUACUUUGAUAAGAACCUGCGGGCGGAAGCCUUGUCCGCCGCUUUCUCUGCCCCCCUCCAGGUGACGGACACCGCCUCCUUCAAGGAUGUCAACUCGGUGCAAGAGGCCGCCAUCAUCUUUGAGCUGGUGCAGGAGAUGCAGAAGCAAGGUGUGGUGGAGAAGUCCAUCCAUAAGGUGCUGCAGAGGGUGGCCCUCAUCCUGCAAGCUGACAGAGUCAGCUUUUACCUGUGCCGCUCCAGGAACGGGACGCCCGAGCUCGCCACUUGCCUCUUCGAUGUGACCCCAACAUCCAAAUACGAGGCCAACCUGGUCCACCCCCAGGCUGAGAUUGUGUUCCCCAUUGAUAUGGGCAUUGUUGGACUCACCGCACAGUCCAAAAAGCCCCAAAACGUCCCUGAUGUCUCUCAGAAUAAGAAGUUCUGCGACUUUGUGGACAAGCAGACGGGCUACAAGACCAAAUGCAUGCUCACAUUCCCUCUGGUGGCCGACAAAGAGUGCCUUGGGGUCGUCAUGGUGCUCAACAAGAUCGGAGCGCCUCUCUUCACCCCGGAGGAUGAAGCGCUCUUCCACAAGUACAUGAACUUUGCUCAAGUCAUCGCCCUGCAGCAUCACACCAACUACAUGUUCAACGUGGAGUCCAGGAGGAGUCAGGUCCUGCUUUGGUCGGCCAGCAAAGUUUUUGAAGAGUUGACGGACAUUGAGAGGCAGUUCCACAAAGCCCUCUACACCGUGAGAACCUACCUGCUAUGUGAAAGAUACUCAGUGGGCCUCUUGGACAUGACCAAAGAGAAGGAAUUCUACGACGAAUGGCCAGUGAAACUUGGAGACGUGGAACCUUAUAAAGGACCAAAAACGCCAGAUGGAAGGGAAAUCAACUUUUAUAAGAUAAUCGACUACCUACUGGAGGGCAAAGAAGAAAUUAAAGUCAUACCUGGUCCUCCGGCAGAUCAUUGGGCUCUGGUUAGCGGACUACCGACCUAUGUGGCAGAGAAUGGCUUUAUUUGCAACAUGAUGAACGUGGCUGCAGAUGAUUUCUUCACUUUCCAGAAAGAGGCAGUGGAUGAGACGGGUUUUGUCAUCAAGAACUGCCUGUCCCUGCCCAUCGUCAACAAGAAGGAAGAAAUUGUGGGCAUCGCCACUUUCUUCAACAGAAAAGAUGGCAAGCCCUUCGACGAAUACGAUGAGCAGAUCACAGAGGCCCUGACCCAGUUCCUGGGCUGGUCCGUGCUCAACUGUGACACCUACGACAAACUCAACCGCAUGGAGCACAGGAAAGACAUCGCCCAGGAGAUGCUCAUGUACCAGACCAAGUGUACGACCAGCGAGCUGCAGUCCAUCCUGAACACCAAAGAAAAGUUUGAUAGUGAGCCUGAAGACUGUGACCAGAAAGAGAUGUACAAACUAUUGAGAGGAACCUGCCCGCCAGCUGACAACAUCAAUGGCGAGAACCUGUACAACUUUGGCUUCAGCGAUUUCCCUGUUUCCGAGUUUGACCUCAUCAAAGCUGGCAUUCGCAUGUUCUUUGAGCUUGGGGUGGUUGAAAAGUUUAAAGUUCCAGCAGAGACACUGACUCGCUGGAUGUACACAGUGAGGAAGGGUUACCGGUCCAUCACCUACCACAACUGGCGGCACGGCUUCAACGUGGGCCACACCAUGUUCUGCCUGCUCCAGACAGGGAGGCUGAGGAAGUACUAUUCUGAUCUGGAUGCCUUCGCCAUGGUUGCCGCUGCGUUCUGCCACGAUAUUGACCACAGAGGCACCAACAACCUAUACCAGACAAAGAGUGCAUCUCCUCUGGCCAAACUUCAUGGCUCGUCGAUCAUGGAGAGGCACCACUUGGAGUUCAGCAAAACCCUCAUGGGUGACGAGAGCCUGAACAUCUUCUGCAACCUUCAGAAGCGCCAGUUUGAGACUGUGCAGCACCUUUUUGACGUCUGCAUCAUUGCCACCGAUCUGGCGCUUUACUUCAAAAAGAGAACCAUGUUCCAGAACAUCGUGAACGCCACCGAGCCAAUGACGGAUGAAAAGGAGUCAACGGCGUUUGUUUCCAACAACCCCAUCAGAAAGGAGAUUGUCAUGGCGAUGAUGAUGACCGGCUGCGACCUGUCAGCCAUCACCAAACCCUGGGAAGUGCAAAGCAAGGUGGCGCUGAUGGUCGCAGCUGAAUUCUGGGAGCAGGGAGAUCUGGAGAGAUCAGUUUUGGACCAGCAGCCAAUUCCCAUGAUGGACAGAAACUGUGCCGAGCAGCUACCCAAGAUGCAGUGCGGUUUCAUUGACUUUGUGUGCUCGUUCGUGUACAAGGAGUUCGCCAGGUUCCACAAGGAGAUCCAGCCCAUGUUUGACGGCCUCAACAACAACCGCGCACACUGGAACGAGCUGGCCGAGGUGUACAACGCCAAGAUGAAGGCCAUCGAGGACCAGAAGAAGAAACUGGAGGAAGAAGAAGCCAGGAAAGGCGGCGGAGAAGGGAAGUCAAAAACAUGCGCCAUCUGCUAACUUCCUCGCCCUGACACUUGGAGAUAUGGACUGUUUCAGCCUUCUGCUUGGAUCCAUAGUACUUCCUGGUUAGGUCACGUCCAACUAGACCACUUGUAGUCUCCUAGACCUGCCUGAGGAGAGAAUAAUCACCAACAACGAAGAACAAUGUGGGAAUUCUUGAGGACAUGUUGGACGAUGGGAUCUUUCCCCUUCUUCGGACAGAAUCCACGGACGUUGCAAUCAUCUUAUCCCCGCCCCUACCUCUUCAUGUAAUGAUGCUAGCCGGUUAGCGCAUUGUCUAGUUGCACCUCGCUGCUGCUGUUUGGGCAGCGGCCAACCGUGCAUGAAGAGUGGGGUCAUUAUAAUAAUAUGAAGAAAAAAAGUGGUCAUUUUACAAGUACAUUUUGUAAUAUGACAAGAACAUUUUAUGUGGAAAAAAAUGUGUAACUUUUCAAGAACAAAAAUCGUUUUCCAAAUGUAAAAGCAAAGAGCUAAAAAGGGAAAAAAGUCAUAAUUUUUCAAGGAUACAUUUGUAAUAUUGUGAGAAAAAGUUGCAAUUUUACAAGAAUAAACUUGUAAUUUUACAAAAACAAAUUCGUAAGAUGACCAGACAAAACUUUAUGAGUGAGCUUGACAUAAAUGACAAAAAAGAGUCAACAUAAAAUGGCAAUAUUUUGAACAGCCUGAAUUUUACAUGAAUAAAUGCAUAAUAUUACAAGGAAAAAACUUUUUAUUCUAUGAGAUAGUUGUCAUUUUAGGAGACACGACCAGAAAAAAGUUGUAAUGUAACAAGAAAAGUCAUAAUUUUAACAGAAUAAAUUCUUACAAGAAAAAAGUUGGAAUUUUCUGAUCAUGAAAUCGUAAUAUUAUGAGGGCGGUGAUAGAGCUCCUAAUUUGACGAGAUGGUCGCAAAUGACCAGGAAAGACUGACGCCAAUGGUGUAAUUCUGGGACAAUCAAUUCAAGAAAGAUGCAUGAUUUCACUGAGGCGAGGCAUAAAAUGGAUUUGAGUAGAAAAGGUAGCAGGAGCUAGCAAAGCCUUACCAAAAUGUACCGUGUUGAUAAUGUGACACAUAUACUGUAUAAGCACCAUCGAUUGGUCCAAAGUCCUCUUUGCUGUGGCGCAAAGCUAAACAGUACCCCCCACCCAAGCCUCCUGUUACACAACGUGUUCACAGCUAAUCAAUGGUCUCAAAU